AUGUCGAAACUCAUUCUCUACGACCUUCCUACCAAGGAGCCAAGGAGAUGCUGGACAUAUAAUCCGUGGAAAACUCGUCUCGUCCUGAAUUACAAAGGCAUCGAUUACGAGACCGAGUGGACCGCAUACCCUGAUAUCGAGGGCAAGUUUAAGUCCUUCGGUAUUCCUCCGGGCGAGUCUGGCACACCAUACACCAUCCCCGCCAUAAAAGUCGGCGACCAUUAUGUGAUGGACUCCAAGAGCAUCGCCCAUGAACUCGAGGCGCUUCAUCCCUCUCCUCCGCUAUAUCUGGAUGAUCUAGUCCUCGCCGAAGUCGAGACUGCCUUUCGGGGGGUGUGGGGACCGCUAUACCAGGGAAUUAUCCCGAAAGUCCCGCGCCGCUUGCUUCCGGAGCGGGACAAAGAGUAUUUCGUACGGACACGUGAAGAAACCCUCGGAGCACCCUUGGAAGAACUUGAGAAGACGAAAGGGGGGGAGGGGGCGUGGAAGGAGGCAGAGCCCGCGAUUAGAGAGUGGGCGGAGAUUUUGAAGAGGGAGGUGGGGCCGUUUGUAAAGGGGAAAACAGUCUCGUAUGCAGAUUUUGUCAUCGUUUCCUUCCUACAAUUCGUGAAGACCAUAGGGGAUGAUGUCUUCGACAAAUUCGUAGGAUAUGAUCAGACAUUCAAAGACAUCUACGAGGCAUCGGCGGACUGGGUGAAGCGGGAUGAUCAUUGA